UGUCAGAUGUCAGAAUAUGAAGUGUUUUCCUGGAUUAGAUAGAGUUUCAGUCAGUAUUAUUUUUAUCGCAAUGUAUCAGCAAAAUGUGCUGUUUAAACCCUACAUAAAAGUUUUUGUUAAUUAAAAGACUAAACAGAAAUUACUUAACAUCUAUGAACUGUUAAUUUGUCGAAGUUUCAGCUACUCAGUAUUUAAGAUGUCUUCAGAGAAAGUGUUGAAUUCUACACUGCACUCUUACGCCUAAAAAUGUUAUUAUUCUUCGAUUUAUUUCCGUAUUAUUGUAAUCGGUUUCGUAAUUUGAGUGUUAAUUACAAGUAUAAAAUGUGGUAUGCCGCUUUGGUGCGAUUUAUACGAAGACGACUUGUGUUGGGCAUAAUAUUUGCGUCUUCAUUAACUUAUUGUAUUGUCAGUUUCCUCAGAGAGGGCAGCAGUAGAGGCAUGAUUUACCAAGAUAUUUCAUUUGAAAGAAAGCCUUUUGUUUGGAGAACACUUCAAGAACACAAUGAUACCAUAGAUCAUAUAAUAUGUAGAAAUUCUGUGCAAGGAAAACAGUUACUCGUAGAUGAUAGAGGAUAUGUUUGUUCAAGAAUGGACGUGACUAAGAAUGGCUGUUGUGAUACAGAUGCUGAGUCAACUGAGAGAUACAGUUGUGAAACAUGUUCUAAAAACAAUUGCUGUGUUAUAUAUGAACAUUGUGUUUCAUGUUGUUUGGAUCCCAGUAAGAGGGACAUGCUUGAAGUAGUGCUAUCCAAACUCUCGACAGAGAAGAAUGUGCUCUUCCGAUCACUCAGUGACGAUUAUGAACUGUGUCUAACGAAGUGUCGUACCAGUUCACACAGUGUUCUCCAUGAGAACUCCUAUAAGGAUCCCAUUAACAAACAUUGUUUUGGCGACGAAUUGCCGCGAUCGAGAACGCCGGAUUAGCGAAAACUAUUUAUAGCUUAAGUUAGUAUUUUUUUACAUUUAUAUUCCUUUCAGAUGUAGCUUAUAUAGCGAUAUUAACUAUAAGUUAGUCUAAAUGAAAUUUUGAACACAUUCAGUUUACAAAAUUGAUUUAAAUAUGGGCGGAUUUUUCAAUAGUCACAACGUUUACUUGAAGAAUAAAUACGGUAGUUUCACUCAUUUUUGUACAAAAUCUAUCAAGCUUACAUACUUUACUCUAAAAAGUUGCUGACUAUUGAAAAAUCACCCGUAGAUGUUUGUGGUGCCAUUCUAAAGUGCAGAGUUGAAGAUCACUUCUAAUGUCUGUGCAAGGUAGGAGUAUAAUAUGUCUCAAAUGAUAUCUUUUUCUUAUUUAAUCAUGUAAGUUAAUACAUACUGUAAUAUUUAUUUUAUUCUACUUCUCAGUAUUUGUUGUUAUAGCAGCAACAGAUGCAUCGUCUGUAAAAAUGUAAACUCUAGCUAUCACGAUUUGUGAGAUAGAAUCUGGUGACAGAUGGACAGGGAAGUCUUAGUAAUAUGUUCCCCUUUUUGGUAUGGAACCCUAAAAAGAAGAAAAAUCCUAAUUCAUAUUUUUGUAAAAAUAGCUGUUGCAAGGCUGACUUCAGUUUUGCAAAUUAGAAUGGCACCAACUUUAAUGUCAGAUUAUAUUAGUAAAAUGAUAAUUUUAAUGGCAUCAAAAUUUUAAUUAAGAAUGGCUUACUCAAGUAUGUCCAAUUAAUGGAAAUUAAAUCAAGGGGAUGGUUAUGUAUUCUCCAUUUUAUAAAGACUGUGUAUUGACUGUAUGAAACGAAAGAAAUAUUAGCCUUUUUUUAAUAAUUAUUUUUAACGUAAUGCCAGUGAACAAGGAACAAUGACACCAAUUAUAUAAUAAAAUAUUUAAUACUUUAUUAAAUAUGUAUUUUGAUUAUAUAUAAGGUACAGUUACAAGGCAACAGAUUUUGGCACUGAUUACGAUUAAUUUGUAAAGCAAUCCUUAAAGAGGGCUCUACAUUAAUUCAGUGUAAAACCGACUUGAUUUCUAUUAUUUGCCAAACAUAAAAGACUAACAAAAUAAUAAAGUGCUGGAAGAAAAAUAUUUUGUUUUAUAGUCGUGAAAGUUACUUGUUAGGAGGAUGUUAAUUUUUAAGGUAUUUGGUAAAUUGAUUGCAUACUUUUAUUGCUGACUGUACAUUCAAGUAAUCAAGCAAGCAAGAAUUGCAGAUGAGCAGUAACACCAGUGAACGCCAGAAUUCCCAAUGCCAAUUUCACACCUACAUUCAUUUCUAAAUUCAUUUCGUUGUUUAAAAUUGACUCUGGUCAAGGAAGGAAGGUCAUGGCACACAUCAACGGCAUUCAACUCAGCUAUUAACAUAAACAAUUUGAAGAGCAACCUAUCAUUUUUCGUCUCAAAUUAAAUUUAGUGUAUUUUUUUAUUAAGUAAACAACGCAUUAAUUCUAUACCUGUCACUGUCAUUCUGCCACUGUCAAAUUCUUGUCAGUCAUGUGAAGUGACGUCAUCUCAAUCUAGUUGGCGCUAUUCGCCGCCGUUUUAAACAGCGUGAGUGUGAGGCGUUAAAUUUAAAUUUCAUAAACUAAUUAUUAUUAUCGUGUCUCUAGUUUUGUGAACUUUUAGUGCAGUGAAUACUAGGAAACAACCCUAUUUGACCAUAAUCGAAAUCUUAUCUCAUAUAUAAAACAAAGUAUAAGAAGUCAAUGGCUGGGUGACAGCGAUCUUGCAGCUAGCUCGCAACUGCUGCAUCGCAGUACCUUUCAUGUGAGCCAUUACCUUUAUUCUGGCGUUUAUGAUGGAAAUGAAAAGCACUUAGAAUUUUAUCGACUUCUAAAUCAUUUGAGCAUUAAUAAUGGGAAGAAACAUUGAAUAAAUUGAUAUGAAAUUAUUUAAGUAGUUUGUGCACACUGAUAGAUCUCUUUCGAAAUUAUCUCAUUAGCAUCAAAUUCGGUCAUACAACGGGGUUAAAUAAAUUCCCUGAAAACUGAUUUAAGGGCACCUUUAUAAUAAAACUGUGAAUAGUAUCAAAGUUAACCACAUCAAAAUAUGUUUUUUUAUAUAUAUAAAAGAAUUGUCAUUCUAGGUAAAAAAAUUAAGUGUACUUUGCGCAUUUUCUCUAACUUGGUUUCCUCGAGUUUGAUAGGAAAAUACCAUUAUAAUUUUAUAAUGUAAAGGCCUAUUUGUAAUGUGUACUGUGACUUAGCUUCAUAGGUACUUAAUUUCUCUUCACGGUUGAUUUGUUGUUCAAAUUGAUAACGUUUAUUUAAUACUGAAUAGAAUUAUGUGGUCAUAUUGUUAAUUGCCUAUAUCGCUUAUAUUGUGCAUUUAGACUUGCAUUUCGCUUAAAGAUUUGCAAAUAUUUAGAAUGACCAUAUGCUAAAUAGUGAUAUAAAUGUCGCUUAAAGUUUUUAAAUGCGCUUAAAAUGGGAGGUCCACAUUUUUAUACUUUACUUUUGAAUAAAGUGAUGCAAGCUAACGAAAAUGUAUCUUUAAGCCAGAAAUCCGAAAGUGAUGACCUGUUUUAUAGGUUGCGUUUGCGCUUUAACAGCUUGUAUGCCGCUAAUUAUAAAACAACAGAAAAUCUAUUCUUUCUCUCGUAUAUCUGCGCUCCGGUAUAUAGUAGCAACAAGCCUCUUUCACUGUGAACUCAAAUAUCCCUAAAUUGUUAACUUGACCAUUAAUAAUUGCCUUUUGCAGUUGGAUCAAAAAAAGUUUUAAAAUCCAUUAACUAACUUGAAUUAAAAAUUCUAAACCACUUUUUUUUAUUAAUUCAAGUUAGUAAAUUGACCUGUGAAAUAUUGCUAGAUAGUUCCAGAUUUAUUUAUUUUAACUAAUGUGAAAAUAUGCCUCUACAAUGUCAAACGGUAAUCCUAAAAGUUAUUGUAGAGACUGUAACAGGUAUACCUAUAGGUACGACGGUCUGUGGUUAGCAGGUUGGAUCCACAAAUUCAACAUAGUUGACAGUGAACAUUCUCUAGCGUCAAAUUUUUUGUACUAUCAAACGCAGACUUAGUACGAGCUUUAGAACGGAUACACUUGAAAGAUUGAUAGCAAAAAAAUACAUGUAUUGCAUGAAUAUAUACUACCUAUGUUUGGCUACGCAGUAAAAUUUUAAGAGCGAAAUUGUUUAGUGACUAGAAAACUAUUGAAAAAUGAUUUACAUUUAGUUUAGUUGGUGCACUGUUUAAAUGAGUGUUAUGUUUAUUAUAAUAGGUAAAUUCAAUUGAUCGACAUUUAUUGAUUAAUAACGUUCCAAAUAAUGUGAAAAUAAAUCUAUAUGAAAAAUAUCGUGGGACCGAAUUAAUGGGUCUCCAUUUAUGAUGUUAUGUUACCAGAUUAAAUGUUUUGUAUGUACGGAGGCUAUCCCGAAUAACUGAUAUAUUUUUACAA